GGUCUUUAAAUUUUAUCUAGUAAAUAGACUUAGAUAAAUUAUGUAACCAGAAUUAUUUAUUGCAUUACAACGCAUCAAAAUGCGGUUUCUGGUGUUAUUUUUUGUGUCUUUCGCUAGUGCUUCCAAUAUUUUUUACAUUAGUAAUAUUCCAAGUCCAAGCCAUCAUUUGUGGCACAUGGCUAUUAUAUCUGGAUUAAAUGCAAAAGGGCAUAAUGUUACAUUUUUUGACCCCUACGAUUCGAAAAAUAAGGAAACGGAAUUAUUUCAUCCGGUUUUUUUCGAAUGUCCUUCCUUCGUUGAGGAAUUCCAAGAUAUAUCAAAAUUAGGAAUAUAUGAUUCAUUUCAAUUUUUUUACCAAGCUCAAAAAGAUUUAUGCAAAAACUUAUUCGAAGCUGAAAAUUUAAAAAACCUUAUAAUAAGCAAUAAAUUUGAUGCCUUGAUUAUGGAUAUAACAGCACCAUGCAGUGCAUAUAUGAGCCAGGCAUUUCCAGAAAUUCCGAUAAUAGGGGCUGUGCCUUUUUUGCUGCCACCGGAAUUGUCCCAUAUAUUCGGAAAUAAUUUGCAACCCGCUUAUUUGCCGCAUUAUUUCAGCGGGUUUUCCAGCGAAAUGAAUUUCAUGGAAAGAGUGAAAAACUUUUUACUUACAUAUUACGGCGAGGUUGGGUAUUAUUCUUAUAGUAAAGAUUUUGAGGAGCUGGGUAGAAUAAUGUUUGGGUCCGAUUUAAAACCUUUUUCUGAAAACGUAAAAAGAGUAUCACUUUUAUUGAGUAAUACUAAUCCUGUUUUCGAUAAUCCUCAACCUUUACCACCGAAUAUUAUUCCAGUUGGAGGGCUACAUGCCAGGCCAGGAAGAAAGUUAGAAAAGGAUUUGGAAGAUUUGUUAAAUAGGUCUUCAAACGGUGUAAUUGUAUUUUCAUUGGGUUCAAAUGUUAAAUCAAGCGCCUUGGGCACAAAGAAAAUACAAAUAUUUUUGGAAGCCUUUAAGCAACUCAAACAAACCGUUAUAUGGAAGUUUGAAAGCGACCUCAAAGACCUACCCAAGAAUGUAUUCAUUAAAAAAUGGUUGCCCCAGAACGACAUAAUAGCUCAUUCAAAUGUAAAGGUUUUUAUGGGUCAUGGUGGUGCCCUAAGUACUCAAGAAGCAUUUUACCAUGGAGUACCAGUAAUUGGAAUACCAUUUUUCUUCGACCAACAUGUAAAUGUUAAAUCAUUAGUUGAGCGAAAACAAGGUUUAAAAAUCGAUAUAAAUAACUUAUCUAAAGAAGCUGUAUUAAACACCAUUUUAGAAGUAUUAAAUAAUCCAAUAUAUAAAGAAAACGUACAGGAGGUUUCAAAAAGAUUUAAAGAUCAACCAAUGACACCUUUGGAUUCUUCAGUGUUUUGGAUAGAAUAUGCCAUCAAACACAAUGGAACUUCUUUCCAUGAUUUAAAAUCCCGUGACAUGUCCUUCUUAGAGUUUACAUGUUUGGAUGUUUUAUUAUUUUUGUUAUUCGUUACAAUGUUAUUUAUUACGCUUGUGUAUUAUAUUAUUCUUGUUAUUUUAAAAUUAAUUUUUCGAAAAAGUAAUAAAAAUAAAAUAGAAUAAAAAAAUUCAAACAAUCAUGUUCAUUAUUUAUCGGAUAAAUAAUGACCAGCCAAGCGUUUUCGAAAAACAC